GGCCUUCGGGCCCAAUUAGGGAGGCCCUACCUAUCCGAAACCCGCUGCCUUCCCCGCGGAAGAGGGGAGGAGUUUCAACCUUUUAACUCCACCUUGGUCUGUGCAGCGCGGACCAACCCAAAUCGCCAGAAAGGAGGGGCGUGGCUUGAAGUCCCCCACCUCCAUCCCCGGGAUCACGUUUUGCCACUGGAGGGGGGAGCUGAUCGCAGGACUAGGCAACCUCCAGCCAGUCCCUGGGUCGGGCGGAUCCUCCCAGAGGUGGCACAAUGGAGCGAUCUCCAGGAGAGGGCCCCAGCCCCAGCCCCAUGGACCAGCCUUCUGCUCCCUUCGACCCCACUGACCAGCCCCCCGCUGCUCAAGCAAAGCUAGACCCAGGUUCUGGGGGCCAACCUGCUGGCCCUGGCGCGGCGGGUGAGGCCCUGGCGGUGCUGACUUCGUUCGGGAGGCGGUUGCUGGUGCUGAUACCGGUGUAUUUGGCCGGGGCAGUGGGACUCAGCGUGGGUUUCGUGCUCUUCGGCCUCGCUCUCUACCUGGGCUGGCGCCGGGUCCGCGACGAGAAAGAACGGAGCCUUAGAGCAGCGAGGCAGCUACUGGACGACGAGGAGCAGCUCACGGCGAAAACUCUUUAUAUGAGUCAUCGAGAGCUACCUGCCUGGGUCAGCUUCCCAGACGUGGAAAAGGCUGAAUGGCUCAAUAAGAUUGUGGCCCAGGUCUGGCCCUUCCUGGGCCAGUAUAUGGAGAAACUUCUGGCUGAGACUGUGGCUCCGGCUGUUAGGGGAUCUAACCCCCAUCUGCAAACAUUUACAUUUACACGAGUGGAACUGGGUGAAAAGCCAUUGCGCAUCAUUGGAGUCAAGGUUCACCCAGGUCAGAGAAAAGAGCAGAUCCUGCUGGACUUGAACAUCAGCUAUGUAGGUGAUGUGCAGAUUGAUGUAGAAGUGAAGAAAUAUUUCUGCAAAGCAGGAGUCAAGGGCAUGCAGCUACAUGGUGUCUUGCGGGUGAUUCUGGAGCCACUCAUUGGGGACCUUCCCAUUGUGGGGGCUGUGUCGAUGUUCUUCAUCCGACGCCCGACCCUAGACAUCAACUGGACAGGGAUGACCAACCUGCUGGAUAUCCCAGGACUUAGCUCACUUUCUGACACCAUGAUCAUGGACUCCAUCGCUGCCUUCCUCGUGUUGCCCAAUCGAUUACUGGUGCCCCUUGUGCCUGACCUUCAAGAUGUGGCUCAGUUGCGUUCCCCUCUGCCCAGGGGCAUUAUUCGAAUUCACUUGCUGGCUGCUCGAGGGCUGAGUUCCAAGGACAAAUAUGUGAAGGGCCUGAUUGAGGGCAAGUCAGACCCAUACGCACUUGUGCGUUUGGGCACCCAGACGUUCUGCAGUCGUGUCAUUGAUGAAGAACUCAACCCACAGUGGGGAGAGACUUACGAGGUGAUGGUACACGAGGUCCCAGGGCAGGAGAUUGAAGUGGAGGUGUUCGACAAGGAUCCAGAUAAAGAUGACUUUCUGGGCAGAAUGAAGCUGGAUGUAGGGAAGGUGUUACAGGCUGGUGUUCUGGAUGAUUGGUUCCCUCUACAAGGUGGGCAAGGCCAAGUUCACUUGAGGCUAGAAUGGCUGUCGCUUUUGUCAGAUGCAGAGAAACUGGAGCAGGUUCUACAGUGGAAUCGGGGAGUCUCCUCUCGACCAGAGCCCCCAUCAGCUGCCAUCUUAGUUGUCUACCUGGAUCGGGCCCAGGAUCUUCCUCUGAAGAAGGGGAACAAGGAACCCAACCCCAUGGUACAACUGUCAAUUCAGGAUGUGACUCAGGAGAGCAAGGCUGUCUACAGUACCAACUGCCCAGUGUGGGAGGAAGCAUUCCGGUUCUUCCUACAAGACCCUCAAAGCCAAGAGCUCGAUGUGCAAGUGAAGGAUGAUUCCAGGGCCCUGACUUUAGGAGCACUGACACUGCCUCUGGCCCGCCUGCUGACUGCCCCAGAACUCACCCUGGACCAGUGGUUCCAGCUUAGCAGCUCUGGCCCAAACUCCAGACUCUACAUUAAACUAGUCAUGAGGAUCCUGUACUUGGAUUCAUCAGAAAUAUGCUUCCCCACUGUGCCUGGUAGUCCUGGUGCUUGGGACGUGGACAGUGAGAGUCCCCAGAGAGGCAGCAGUGUGGAUGCCCCACCUCGACCCUGUCACACUACUCCUGAUAGCCAGUUUGGGACUGAGGAUGUGCUUCGGAUCCAUGUAUUAGAGGCCCAGGACCUGAUUGCCAAAGACCGUUUCUUGGGGGGACUGGUGAAGGGCAAGUCAGACCCCUAUGUCAAACUAAAGCUGGCAGGACGAAGCUUCCGGAGCCAUGUUGUUCGGGAAGAUCUCAAUCCCCGCUGGAAUGAGGUUUUUGAGGUGAUUGUUACAUCAGUUCCAGGCCAAGAGCUAGAGGUUGAAGUCUUUGAUAAGGACUUGGACAAGGAUGAUUUUCUGGGCAGGUGUAAAGUGAGUCUCACCACAGUCUUAAACAGUGGCUUCCUUGAUGAGUGGCUGACCCUGGAGGAUGUCCUAUCUGGCCGCCUGCACUUGCGCCUGGAGCGUCUCACCCCCCGUCCCACUGCUGCUGAGUUAGAGGAGGUGCUGCAGGUGAAUAGUUUGAUCCAGACUCAGAAGAGUGCGGAGCUGGCCGCGGCCCUGCUAUCCGUCUAUAUGGAGCGGGCAGAGGACCUGCCGCUGCGAAAAGGCACCAAGCCCCCCAACCCUUAUGCUACUCUCACUGUGGGAGAUACUUCUCAUAAAACCAAGACUGUUUCACAAACUUCAGCCCCUGUCUGGGAUGAGAGUGCCUCCUUUCUCAUCAGGAAACCACACACUGAGAGCCUGGAGUUGCAGGUUCGGGGUGAGGGCGCUGGCCUGCUGGGCUCAUUAUCCCUGCCCCUCUCAGAGCUCCUCGUGGCUGACCAGCUCUGCUUGGACCGCUGGUUUACACUUAGCAGUGGUCAGGGGCAGGUGCUACUGAGAGCACAGCUAGGGAUCCUGGUGUCCCAGCACUCAGGAGUGGAAGCUCAUAGCCACAGCUACAGCCACAGCUCCUCAUCCCUGAGUGAAGAACCAGAGCUCUGGGGGGGAUCCCCUCAUAUCACCUCCUCAGCCCCAGAGCUCCGGCAGCGCCUCACACAUGUUGACAGUCCCCUUGAAGCUCCAGCCGGGCCUCUGGGCCAGGUGAAACUGACUGUGUGGUACUACAGUGAAGAACGAAAGCUGGUCAGCAUUGUUCAUGGUUGCCGGGCCCUUCGACAGAAUGGACGCGAUCCUCCUGAUCCCUAUGUGUCACUGUUGCUGCUGCCAGACAAGAACCGAGGCACCAAGAGGAAGACCUCACAGAAGAAGAGGACCCUGAGUCCUGAAUUUAAUGAACGGUUUGAGUGGGAACUCCCCCUGGAUGAGGCCCUGAGACGAAAGCUGGAUGUCUCUGUCAAGUCUAACUCCUCCUUCAUGUCAAGAGAGCGUGAGCUGCUGGGGAAGGUGCAGCUGGACCUAGCUGAGACAGACCUUUCCCAGGGUGUAGCCCGGUGGUAUGACCUGAUGGACGACAAGGACAAGAGCAGCUCCUAGGAGCUGGCGAGUCCCAGCCUGACUCUGCUCUGUCUUCCUGCCUUCAUCUCGCUCUGUCACCACCUCAAUGUGAUGAGCCUAAAGCUAGGGUCCAAGGGCAGAGCCUGUGCCCUUCAGCCCUUUCACCUAACAGGCCCAUAUUCGGGCCUUUGACCAAAGAGAAGAACCGUAUGUUCCCUUUACUGCACGGCCUUUAUCCUUCUGGGCCCCUGGGGUGGGGACCUGAGCUGGCUGUUUCCUGCUCUGCCUGCACAUUGUUCUCCCUUCCUCCCAACUCCUCAGGGCCUCCAGUAUCUGUGCCUGGCCACUGGCAGCACUAGCAGUGGUAUUAGCUUAUGCCAAAUACAGCUUUGAAAGGAUCUUUGUUUCUUUAACUAGAUGGUCACCUUCUUCCCUACCACACAUGGGCGGGAAGGUGGACAGGCUAACCUCUCCAGCUGUGAGUCUCUUAGACUACUGCAUGUAGCAAAUGUUCAGCAGCUCAGGCCCCCAUGUCCAGUUCUGUCCCCACUCUUCUCAACCCUGUCCUGAAAAUUCUACUGCUCUGAUGGCUGGGGCCAGUCUCUCGUCACUUUGGAAGCUGGGGACACUUGGAUUCUACCCAAGCCUCCAAGUAGUGGCGUAUCAGCUUUGGGGCUCCUAGCUGGUGAUACACAGAGGGCUUUGGAGGACUUGGGACAGCUGGGCCAAUUUUUUGCCCAAGUGCCUAGGCUGGUAACUCACUGACUAGAACUGAAUCUGGUACUCUUUAGUUUUGCACCAACUCUGCCAAGCCACUGUAUCUUACAUUAAACAUCAUACUUAAGCCA